GGCGGGGCCCGGCAGGCUCGGAGCGGGCACCCCCCCCCGGCUCUGCUCCGUGUCCCGUCCCUGCCGCGCCGGGGCACAGCCCGGCACCGUCACCGCCAUGGCGGAGCAGGAGAGCCUGGAGUUCGGCAAAGCCGACUUUGUGCUGAUGGACGCCGUCACCAUGCCGGAGUUCAUGGCUAACCUCCGCUUGCGGUUCGAGAAGGGUCGCAUCUACACCUUCAUAGGGGAGGUGGUGGUGUCCGUGAACCCCUACAAGAACCUCAACAUCUACGGGCGGGACACGAUCGAGCAGUACAAAGGCAGGGAGCUCUACGAGAGACCUCCUCACCUCUUCGCCAUCGCCGACGCCGCCUACAAGGCGAUGAAGAGGCGCUCCAAGGACUCCUGCAUCGUCAUCUCGGGUGAGAGCGGGGCUGGGAAGACAGAGGCCAGCAAAUACAUCAUGCAGUACAUAGCUGCCAUCACCAACCCUGGGCAGAGGGCUGAGGUGGAGAGGGUGAAGAACAUCCUGCUGAAGUCCAACUGCGUGUUGGAGGCCUUUGGCAACGCCAAAACCAACCGCAACGACAACUCCAGCAGGUUUGGGAAGUACAUGGACAUCAACUUUGAUUUCAAAGGAGACCCCAUUGGGGGGCACAUCAAUAACUACUUACUGGAAAAGUCCCGAGUGAUUGUGCAGCAGCCUGGGGAACGAAGCUUCCACUCCUUCUACCAGCUUCUCCAGGGAGCUUCUGACCAGCUGCUGCACUCUCUCCACCUGAAGAAGGAUGCAGCUGCAUACAGCUACAUCUGCCCUGGAGCACAGAUAAAGUGCUCCAUCAGCGACGGGGCAGAGUUCAGGGCGGUGGCUGAGGCCAUGAAGGUGAUUGGCUUCAAGCAAGAGGAGAUUCAGACUGUCUACAAAAUCCUGGCAGCCAUUCUCCACCUGGGCAACCUGAAGUUCUCCUUGGACGGCGACACUGCUCUGAUCGAGAACCACAAGGUGGUGUCCGUCAUCGCCGAGCUGCUGUCCACCAGGGCCGAGCUGGUGGAGAAGGCUCUGCUGUUCCGCACCGUGGCCACGGGCCGGGAUGUGAUCGACAAGCAGCACACGGAGCAGGAGGCCACCUACGGCCGCGAUGCCUUGGCCAAGGCCAUCUACGAGCGGCUCUUUGGCUGGAUCGUGACGCACAUCAACGACGUGAUCGAGGUGAAGCACUACGACAGCUCGGUGCACGGCAAGAACACUGUCAUUGGGGUGCUGGACAUCUAUGGCUUCGAGAUCUUUGACAGCAACAGCUUUGAGCAGUUUUGCAUCAAUUACUGCAACGAAAAGCUGCAGCAGCUCUUCAUUCAGCUGGUUCUGAAGCAGGAGCAGGAAGAGUACCAGCGAGAGGGAAUCCCCUGGAAGCAUAUCGAUUACUUCAACAACCAGGUGAUCGUGGAGCUGGUGGAGCAGCAGCACAAGGGCAUCAUUGCCAUCCUGGAUGAUGCCUGCAUGAACGUGGGCAGAGUGACAGAUGAGAUGUUCCUGGAGGCCCUCAACAGCAAGCUGGGGAAGCAUGCUCACUUCUCCAGCAGGAAGCUCUGUGCCACUGACAAGACGCUGGAGUUCGACAGAGACUUCCGCAUCAAGCACUACGCUGGGGAUGUGAUCUACUCUGUCUCUGGCUUCAUCGACAAAAACAAGGACACUUUGUUCCAGGACUUCAAGCGUCUGAUGUACAACAGCUCCAACCCCGUGCUGAAGAUGAUGUGGCCUGAAGGCAAACUGAGCAUCACAGAGGUAACCAAGAGGCCUCUGACAGCUGCUACCCUCUUCAAGAACUCCAUGAUUGCACUGGUGGACAACCUGGCCUUGAAGGAGCCCUACUACGUGCGCUGCAUCAAGCCCAACGACAGGAAGGCUCCGCAGCUCUUCGACGAGGAGCGCUGCCGCCACCAGGUGGAGUACCUGGGGCUGCUGGAGAACGUGCGGGUGCGCAGGGCAGGCUUCGCCUACAGGCAGAGCUACCACAAGUUCCUGCAGAGGUACAAGAUGAUCUCAGAGUUCACUUGGCCAAACCAUGACCUCCCUUCAGACAAAGAUGCUGUGCAGAAGCUGAUCCAGUGCCAUGGGUUCCAGCACGACGUCGCUUACGGCAAGACCAAGAUCUUCAUCCGCACGCCGCGGACGCUCUUCACCUUGGAGGAGCUGCAUGCCAAGAUGCUGGUCAGGAUUGUCCUCUUCCUGCAGAAGGUCUGGAGGGGCACUUUGGCUCGGCUGCGCUACCGCAGGACGAAGGCUGCCCUCAUCAUCCUCAGGCACUACAGGCGCUACAAAGUCAAGUCCUACCUGCAGGAGGUGUCUCGGCGCUUCCAGAACGUGAGGCAGAUGAAGGACUACGGCAGGCAGCUGCAGUGGCCCUGCCCACCCAAAGUGCUGCACCGCUUCGAGGAGGCUCUGCAGAGCAUCUACCGCAGGUGGAGAGCAGGAGAGCUCAUCCGGAGCGUCCCACCAGAAGUCCUACCUCAGCUGAGGGCCAAGGUUGCUGCCAUGGAAGUGCUGAAGGGUCACAGAGCUGACAUUGGCCUACAGAGAGCCUGGGAGGGGAACUACAUCGCCCUGAAGGCAGAGAGCCCUCAGGCCACAGGCUCCUUCAUCCCUGUUGCCAACGAGCUGAAGAGGAAGGACAAGUACAUGAACGUCCUCUUCUCCUGCCACGUGCGCAAGGUCAAUCGCUUUAACAAGGUGGAGGACAGAGCAAUCUUCAUCACUGACAGACACCUCUACAAGAUGGACCCCAUGAAGCAGUACAAGGUGAUGAAGACCAUUCCCCUCUACAAUCUGGUAGGCCUGAGUGUCUCCAAUGGCAAGGACCAGCUGGUGGUGUUCCACACCAAGGACAACAGGGACCUCAUCGUCUGCCUCUUCAGCAAGCAGCCCUCCAGUGACAGCAGGAUUGGGGAGCUGGUGGGAGUCCUGGCCAGCCACUUCAAGAGCGAGAAGCGAUCCCUGCAGGUCAGCGUCACCAACCCGGUGCAGUGCAGCCUGCACGGGAGGAAAUGCAUCGUCUCGGUGGAGACCAAGAUCAACCAACCCCAGCCGGACUUCACCAAGCACCGCUCCGGCUUCGUCCUCUGCGUGCCGGGCAAUUAGCUGCCGCUGCGCCCCGCAGCAGGGCUCCGACCGCCCGCUCCGCGCCCCCGACUCUGCCCGGCCCGGGGGCGGGGGGGGGCACUGCCCGAUGCUCGCCCGUGACUCGGUGCUGGGCCUCCAACGAGCUCCAAAGCCAGAGCUUCAGCAAAGCCAACUUCAGGAGAGGGCUUUACCACCACAUGCAACCGCGGCUUCAAGAGCCACUGCCUUGUAUGCAUCUUAGGAAGCAGCCCAGGAUGGCAGGAAAGUGCUUCUGGAUUAGUCCAACCCCAGCAUUUAUAGGUACUUGCCCCCUGCCCUCCCUUCCCCACGCUGAUUUCUUGCACCCUCUCCCUUGCCCCUCCCCUGUUUCUGUUUUGUGUGUCAGGUUCUUUGCAAUAUUGUGCAGCCUCCACUGGAGGAACCAAAGAUGCUGGGCUCAGGGAGCCUGGCUUUGCAAGACCAAAUCCCGAUGGAAGCAGAGCCAGACCUGGGGAGGAGAGCUGGCUUCCCUCACCAAAGAGACACUCCAUGCCUUUCCAGCCCAGCUAGCACGCCUGCAGCUGGGAUGGAACAUGCAGACCACCUCCGGACUGCUCUCCUGCCUGGAGAUCCUUAACCCUUCGAGGCAGCUCGGUCGGGGACAGCUCCAGCAGCAGAGAGCAGAGGAGGACUCGGUGCAGAGCCAUCCUGCAUCGCUUUUGCCUUAAUCACCCUCUCCAGGGGACCCCCCAAACCCAGUGGGAUCCCAUUUGGACCCAAGUGGCCUUGUUGUAUUUUUAGGUGCUCCAUGUGUUAGUCCCAGUGCUGAGCUUCAGGGAGGGCUAAAAGGGUCCUGCUGCCCUGGGUCGCUCUGGGAGCACCUGGAGCUUGAGUGGGCCACAGCUUUGCACUGUGUGGCACCAACCCUGGGCGUCUCCAUCCACACCAGGCUGCAGCCCAAACCCAGCUGCACCAUCCCAGCUCUUCCCAGAGUUUUCCUGGGGCCUCCUGGCUGUGGGUGUUGGGCAUCACCUUGGCUUGUCUGGUGGCAUCAGGCUUCCUGCCCCUGCGUCUGCCUGCCCCAGAUAACCUUGGCCUUGGUGCUCAGGGGAGGGCCCUAUCUACUCACCAGCGUUUUGGUUGCCCUGUGCAGCAGCUGCUGGCCCUGGCUUGUGAGCAGAGAAGCCCUGGGACCUUGUGGGGCUGGUGGGGUGGUGUGGCCCAAGUCCUGGCACUGCUGGUCAGGUCAGGAUUUCCAGCCUGUCAGCCAUGGGGGAUCUUUGUGGUGACCCCACCUCAGUGCCCACCUGUCUCCAGCCCAGCCAUGAGCAGGGAGCAGGUGUUUGGGCAUUUUAGGGAUCAGAAAGCCUGGAAGAGGCUCUUUGCCUACAACCUGUUGGUGAAAGGCUUCCCAAAGCCAUGGAGAUGGAGCACCUGGACGGACAGGUUGCUGCAGUGUUUACACCUGACCCCACACCAAGACCCGGGGUUGGGGGUACCUUGGCUGUAGAGCAGCUCUGGCUCUGCGUUGAAGUGGGACAAGCUCAAUCCCUCCUGUGCUCUUUGCUGAGGAGGCCUCUUGACAGAGCCCUCCCACUCUCAUUGUCCCUUGGAUCAUCUCCCACCAGCGUCCCAGCACCACAUCCCAGCCACCAGCACCUGCUCCUAGUCAGAGGCUGGGGAUGCCCAGCAGGGUCCUGCCCAGCAGGGUCCUGCCCAGCAGGGUCUGCCCCAAGUCCCUGAGCAGAAGCUCCCCAAACCCUGGCAAACACAAACCACCCACCACUGCUGGGAGCCUGCAGGCAAAGUUGUUGUCGUCCCCCCCACCACCACCACACGAGCAGCCCACCGAGACCCCUCCAACCUCCCCAGCUAACCCCAGCAGCAGCAGCUCCUCUGGAGCAGCGAUGCCAACGCUGAAGCCUUGGGACCUGCCAGCUCCUGCCUGCAUCCUCCUGGGGAAGCAGCAGAAGGCAAAUCCCUGCCGUUGCUGUGCCUUUCUAUUUGCACUUCUUGCUUUUUAUAGCUCCUUGUCCAACCCCCACCCCCCAGUAACCUCAACCCCCCCCCCCCUCCUUAAGACAAGGUAAUGGCCGGAGAUGUAAUCAGCACUUUGUCUCCACUAUCCCUCCAAAGAGCAGCCGUGGCCAGGCCAGGGUUGUUAGGGGAGUUCUGACACCAUGAGAUGGCAGUUUUGGAAGCGAUGCCUUUAGAGAAUACAUCCUCUGUGCCUGCUCUGGUUUUAUACAUAGAGAGAGAGAAACUUCUAUAUUAAAAACACAGAUCUAUCCCUGGUCGUUUCCUCCCCCCCCCUCCCCCUCCCCCCCCCCAUAAAUUAACUAUUUCUCAAGUGAAUGUUGAUUAUUGUUUUGUUUUGUUUGUUUGUUUUCAGCCCGGGGCCAUAAUGCAAUGAACCCUUUUUUUUUGUUUGUCUGUUUGGUUGUUUUUGGUUUCUUCUGGGUUUAAAUUGCAGAGAUUUUAAUGUGCAAAAGAGGAGGAAAAAAAAAAACAACAAACCCAAACCCAUCCAACUCUCCCCCCUCCUCCUCCCUGCUAGAAUGGACCUGGGGGGGGGAGGUUGUUUACAUCGUUCACUGUAAUAAAUAAAACCAUCGAUUAGCUGCAUCCCA